AUUUUUUAGUACUAAAAUGUUUUUAAAUUCACGUGGAGCAGAUAUUUUGUUGGAGUUCUAAAUACGUUCGGUUUGGUUUGGUUGAUGUUUAAACGUGUCGUUGUGGCGCCAAUGCCCAUGCAUGUUUACUAUCGCUUAUCGAUACACCGCGUACACGGCAACCGUGUGUGACCAAUUCAAGCACGAAAUCGUUGACCAACACUGAUUGUACAUCAGACGACACGACAACAAAAACAACAGCAACAACACCACCGACGUGCUUGUUCCUGUGUGUGUGUGCGUGUGAGAUUGGAAGACAAUGGCUGCAGCUGCGGAUCUGGUUGUUCCUACCCUUGCCAUUCGCUCUAGCGUGGCCGUGGAAUUGUGGUCCUCGGCGGGCUCCAAGCAGCCCUUCGAGCACAAGCCCCACCUGCCGCGCGAGGAGACGAAGAGCUCGCGCUCGAUCUGCUUCAGCUCCAACGGCCGGUACUUCGCCUACUCCAACGGGCAGGAAGUCAAGGUGCUCCAGGCCAGCCGGGACAGCGCAGCCAGCUGGCCAGUGAUAUGCGUGCUGCCCAGGCCGAAAGCCUUCUACCUCCAAUUCUCGCCACGUGGCAGCUACCUGUGCACCUGGGAGCACUAUGCCAUCACUAAGGACCGGCCGGAGGGGUCACCCAAUCUGCUCGUCUACGAAGUGGCCACCGGUGUCGAAGUGUUUGCCAUCGUCCAGAAGAACCAAGCGGACUGGCAGCCCUCCUGGUCGGCGGACGAGUCCAUCUUCGCUUUGGUAGUCGGCGGCGAGGCACUCUUCUAUGACCUCGGCGAGGGAGCGGAGAAGGGAUUCGCCACCACAUCGCGCAAGAUAGGAGGCAGUCGCGGCGGUAUGCUGUCGCUGGGUCCCGGUAACUGCCCCCCGUUCCUUGCGUUCUACACGCCGGGAGCCAAGGGCGCUCCGUCCAUGUGCAAGCUCUACAAGUACCCGGCGCUUGGCCAGAAUCAGACCGUAGCCUGCAAGAGCUUUUUCCAGGCGGAUCGCGUCGAGAUGUUGUGGAACAAGCGAGGCAGCGGACUGCUUCUCCUAACCAGCACGGAAGUGGAUAAGAGCGGUGCCUCCUACUACGGCAACCAGGCGGUGCACUUCAUGGCAACCAAGGGCGACACCUGCUCAGUGCCCCUCUCUAAGGAGGGACCGGUGCAUUGUGUCAAGUGGAGUCCUAAGGCAACUGAGUUUGUAGUCGUAUACGGCUUCAUGCCAUCCAAGGCUGCUCUCUACAACCUCAAGUGCGACGUAGUCUUCGACUUCGGUGAGGGUCCACGCAACUGUGCCUACUUCAAUCCAUUUGGCAACCUCAUAGCUCUCGCCGGCUUCGGCAAUCUGCCUGGAGCCGUCGAGGUGUGGGAUGUGUCCAAGCGCGAGAAGCUGGCUAACCUCAAGUGUGCUGAUACCACGGUUUUUGAGUGGCAUCCCAAUGGCGAGUGGUUCGUCACGGCCACCACCGCGCCCAGGCUGCGCAUUAGCAAUGGGUUCAAGGUGUACCACUACUCCGGGGCCCUGCUCCACGAGACCAUGUGGCCCCAGGGUCAGGAAUUGUUGGGAAUUGAGUGGCAGCAGUUUGCGGAUAAGACGUUCAGCGAGCCCAAGAUUACCAAGGCCAAGCACGAGGGCAUCAAGUCCAGCCAGCCAGAGGCCAGCAAGAAGGCUUACACACCGCCUCAUCUGCGCUUGUUGAAGGAGGGCAAGAAUCCGGAAAAGUAUCUGCCCCAGCCGAGUAUUCCCGGACUGGCACCAACGGCAGCAGCAGGUAAUACGACGCGGAAGUUUUGGCACAGGCAAUACGACCUGGACAAUCCGAUUAUGCGGCGAGGCGAGCAGGGCCAGUGCCAGCUGGUGGGGGCGAUUGGCGCGGAAAGACCACCACUGUCUACCGGGUCCUCGACCAGCCGCCACAACAGGCGCUAUCGACCCUACCAGCACAAACGCUACUAGGCUCACGACACACGCAGCUUGUCAGCUCCUAGGCUCCACUCACCUCUUUCACACACAUUUUGUAUUAGCAUGCCAUUAGGAUUAGGGAUUGCGCGGUCGUGGUGUCAACGGAAACAAGAGGAAUAACAAGAACAAACAGCGAAGCGCUAGGAAGGAUGUGAACGUUGUAAAUGGUGGCGAUGCGGAUUCUGCCCCGACUGAGGUGGUCGAUCAAGCUGCUCCGGUUGCUCGCCAGUCGCCCGUUUUCGUGGCUGCAGAGGAGCGGAAGCCGCAGCAUACUCCCAGACAGAAGUACCAGCCAGAUAACGCUGCCGAUCAGCCACCGAAUUCGUAUGGACAGGGUCAUCCCAAUGGCCAGCACAUCAGCGAUAAGGAGCGCAAGAUUCGCAGCGUCGCCAAGAAGCUGUCGGACAUUAAGAAGCUGAAGGUCCGACGCAGCCAGGGCGAGAAUCUGGAGCUGAACCAACUGAACAAGAUUAAGAUGGAAGCACAGUACCUGGAUGAGCUCAAGGCUCUCAAGCAGUCUGCCUAGGAGGACGUUAAUGGCGUUGACGAUGACGACGGCGGCGAGAAGGCUGAGGGAUGCGAGGAGUAAUUGCUCUUGUGAUUGUGAUACAGCACCUCUUCUCAGCUCCACUCCACUCUACUCACCUCCUGUUCGUCCCCUUCCUGCUGUUUUACGCUCAGUUUGUGGCCCAUUUGCCGCAUAAGUUUCAAGUUAAAACAUUUUUCUACUAUUGUGAUUUCCCAACUAAUUUCGGCAAAACGUACAGUAACUCCCGUAAACAACAAAUUUAUGUACCAAAUUGUGCUACCAAGUAAUAAAGAUGUUUCCACCAAAAUCUGCGGAUUACUGCUCCC